UCUGACUUUUAUGCAUGUCUUUUAAAGGCUUCAAGGGUUCGUUGUUUGGAGGCUUGAAGGGUUUGAGGCGGUUACUUUUUUGAAUUUUGAAAUUUAAUCGAUUUGACAGUUGAUUGGACAGGUGUCAGGCGGCGGAUUGGCAGAGAUUUUUAUUUUUAUCUUUAAUACCCUUACUUUACUCUUAUAUUCAUUUUUACAAUUACAAAACUUCAUCAUUUUCCCUUCAAUCAUUCACAGUUUUUCCUCCCUCAGGUUAGUUUUCUUCUCCGUUUUCACUUUUACUUUUUUCGAUCAUGGGUGCCCUUAAGGAUUUAGCGAGGUCAUUUUCUCGGUUGACACAAGAGGAGGUAGACCUGUUUUGCCUUGAAUAUGGUAUCGAUAAACAGUUUAAUCCGACCGCCCCUGCUUGCGAUGCUCCCGUUGACAAACCGAUUCCUGGUUUUAUUGCUUUGUAUUGUCGGCAUUUUGAGUGGUCUAAUCUUCGUUACCCUUUUUCGUUUUUUGUUCUAAAUUUGCUUGAAUAUUAUCGAGUGUCUUUUGGGCAAGUACAUCCGAAAGGAAUGGCUAGGGUUUUGCACUUUGAAGUGCUGUGUCGUGCUUUAGGUUAUGAUCCUUCAUUGUUGCUCUUUCGGAGGUUCUUCCGGUUAGCCAAAAAUGGUGAUUGGUUUACUUUUGAGAACACAAAGGUUGAUACUUGUCUUGUUUCAUCCAUGGUUACAACCCUUGGAUCAUGGAAGAAUACGUUUUUCUGGGUUUCUGAAUCCAUUAUUCCUUUCAAAAUGGUGUGGAGGCAUCCGGAUGCUGUUCUCAACGAUCCGGAGCCUUCCGAGUCUGAUUUGAAUGAUGCCUUUCUUUCAGCCAUUCGGGGGUGCCCUUCGAGGGUUCGCCCUUUUCCCGAACAUUUGUUAGUGCUUUUAGGGGUUAGUAAUAUUUGGGCAAAAGUUGAUCGGGAUCCGGUGUUGAUGAGAAAUGGCCUUGUUAUGUCUGCUUUGGACUUCAUCAAGAGUGACGAUACGUCCGAUGUGGUUUUUGAAGAUGCUCCGACUGUUCCUGGUGAAAAUGUUGUUGUGAGGACCUCUGAGCAGAGGUUUGAGGGUUCAGGUUAUGUCAGUGUUGCAAAUGCGAAGGGUUUUACCAAGUCCAAUGUUCCCAAGCCUUCAACUCGCCGGUUAUCUCGUCGUUUACUGAAAGCUGCUCCUCAAUCCACUUCCACUGAGCCAGUGGAUUUGAGUGAUGAUAUCGAGGCUUCUGAGGAUCAGGCUGAAGUGGAGGUGGAGAAGGAGAAGGAAUUAGUUGUGCGUGGUAAGAAGGUUCGAGGGAAGAAGGGUGUUGCUGCCCCUGUUCAAGAAUCAUCGAGCAGAGACGUUGAAGGGUUGAACCCUGAGGGCACUUAUGUGCCUACUUGGUUGGUUAAGAAUGAUGACACUUUUAAGGAUGCUGCUGCUGACCGAGAGGCCUUAUCUGUCCAGCAGAAGGCUUUUCGUGAAGAAAAGGAGGGGUUGAAGGCUUCCGUUGGUCAGGUGACUGCGGAUAAUCAGUGGUUGAUCGAGCAUGGGUUUCAGCAGGUUGUGACUUAUCUUUUGCACUCUAAGGAAUUUAACUCUGCCCUUGGUGAUGUUUACACAAAGCUGCUGAACCUGGGGAAGCAUCAAGGCCUUACUGCUGGCUAUAAACUUCAUGAAUCUGGGCAACCUUUGGAGAAAUCACCCAUGUUUCGCCCUGAGGCUUCUGAUGUCUUCAAGGCUUCUGUUGAGCAGAUGGAGAGGCUAACCUACCCCUUUAUUCAUGAGGUUUGUGCUGAGGUUUUGGGUUCCUUGUCAAAGAAGAGGUCUUACUCCGGGGACAGUGAUGAUACCCUUUCGAGUCUGCCUGAAACCUCGAAAGAUGCUGGUUUGGAAACCUCUGCAGUUGGUGGUGAAGAAGUUGUGAAGGUGAAGAAGACAAAGAAAGCUAAAAAGUCUAAGGGUGAAGGUUUUGGGGACCCUUAA